UUUUUCAUGAUCGUAAUUCCAUAAUUCACUUGAAAAUAUUAAGAACUUUCUUUCUCUGGAUUCCAAGCCAUUAUAAUGUUAUAUUAUUGCUGCAGCUGUAAAAGGAAAAUUUUUCCCCCUCUUUUAAUUUCCAUAUAUACAAUACCAUUGUCCAUUAAUUAGCAAUCCCUUUUCUCUUAUAACCAAAAUUAAACCCGCCGAUCGAAGAACUAGUCUUGUAACAUGAAACAAGAACCACGAUCCCCACCUCUGCCGCACCACUUUCGCUACUCAAAGAGAAUUUCAUCUGCCGUUAAACCUGUUGUUUACUUCAUCUGUCUCCUCUUGGCCUACUCGCUGGGUUAUCUAUCUAGCUACACACGCAAUAAUUAUACUCAUAACAAACCACCCGCGCAUGUUAACGCUGUCGUCAGCUAUGUAAACACAGCAAUUAGCAGCGGAACAGAAGGCGACCACAACAAUUUCGGGGCGGUGUGUGGUGAGGCGGUUCCUUCACAAAACAUCCGCCACACAAUUCUAGAGCGUGUCUUCAAGGGGAUAUCGCCGUGGCAGAAUUUCCCGCCGCCACGCGUGGACAAUCUCCUCCGAAAAAAGUGGGUCAAAGGUUGGGGUUCAAAAGGGGCGGUAUUCGAGAAUCUCAUACGCAAGGUGAGACCCAAGACCAUAAUAGAAGUAGGCACGUUUUUGGGUGCAUCGGCGCUUCAUAUGGUUGAGCUGACCCGUCGACUGGGUCUAAACAACACUCAGGUCGUGUGCAUAGACGACUUUCGAGGCUGGCCAGGUUUUUCAGAUCAUCAAAAGUUCAAGGAUAUGAAGAUGGUGAACGGCGACGUUUUGCUGAUGUAUCAGUUCAUGCAAAACGUGGUGAACGGGAACGCGACGGAGUCAGUGGUUUACAUGCCUUUUUCAAGCGGGUCAGCACUGGAGAAACUGUGUGAAUGGGGUGUGUUUGGUGAGUUGAUUGAGGUUGAUGCCGGACAUGAUUUUCACUCGGCUUGGUCUGAUAUAAACCGGGCUUUUAAGCUUUUGAAGCCCGGUAGUGCCGGUGGUGUCCUUUUUGGACAUGACUAUUUCACCGCAGCUGAUAAUAGAGGAGUAAGAAGGGCUGUUAAUUUGUUUGCCAGCGUUCAUAAUCUCACUGUCCAAGUCGAUGGUCAGCACUGGGUUAUCCAUAUUACCAAUCCAUCAUUCUCAUACUGAUGUUGAUAAAUAAGCUAUAUAUUGCAAAUUAAACCUGUAUAGAUAUAAAAACAUCAGAUCAUGUCACAUUUAUUUUGAAGUUAAUUAAGAGAUGUAUAUAUAUUAUACUGCUCUAUUAAUGAAGGUUGUCUGUGCUCGCAAAAUGUCUAUUCAUCUUAA